CCAGCACAGAUCCAACUACCUCGAAUAUACCAGAUUUGGUUGGUCAACGCCGCAAGUCUCCCAAGUGUUUGCCCAAAGCGGCCGAGUGGAGAGGCAUCUCAUACUCCCGCGAGUGCGACUCGGUGUUAAGGUUAAAAAAUUCCUGCAAUGGCUAUCAGUAUUGGCUUGUGGCUUGGAUGGAGCCUGAUUUCGAGACUGGCAAGGAAAGUUUUACUAGAAAUUUAACACCGUAGAAAAGAAGAUCAGAUGGGGAGAGGAAAGAUUGUGAUCCGUAGGAUCGACAAUUCCACAAGUAGGCAAGUCACCUUUUCAAAGAGAAGAAAUGGUUUGUUGAAGAAGGCCAAGGAGCUAGCAAUUCUUUGUGAUGCUGAAGUUGGAGUUAUUAUCUUCUCUGGCACUGGAAAGCUCUAUGAUUAUGCCAGCACUAGCAGCAUGAAAUCUAUAAUCGAAAGAUACAACAGAAUGAAAGAGGAGCACCACAGACUGUUGAAUCCUGCUUCUGAGAUCAAGUUUUGGCAAAGGGAAGUAGCAAGUUUGAGGCAGCAGCUGCAUUACUUGCAAGAUACCCACAGGAAGCUUCUAGGAGAAGAAUUAUUUGGGUUGAGCGUCAAUGAUCUAGUACAGCUCGAGAAUCAACUGGAGGUCAGUUUGAAAGGAGUCCGCGUAAAAAAGGAGCAGGUUCUAACUGAUGAAAUCAAGCAAUUACAUCGGAAGGGGAAUCAUCUUCAUGAAGAAAAUAUUGAGUUGUACAACAAGGUUAACCUCAUUCAUCAAGAGAACAUACAACUGCAGAAGAAGGUUCAAGAACAAGAGAACAUAAAUAAAUCACACGGGAGCAUAUGUACAACAAAUGUGACCAGCAACAUGAAUGAGUUACAUGUACCAAUGAAUCUCCAGCUAAGCCAGCCGCAUGCACAGAAGAAUGAAGCACCGAAAAAUCCCAUGAAGCUUGGGCUGGAGCUGUACUAGGGAGCAAAGAGUGAUGAAGACUAUCACUCCUAGUGACUGACAUUUGUGAUGAAUGAUGAAUUACAUUACGCAUGAUAGCCCUGAGUUUCAGGUUUCAUUCCAAUCUGUGGGACAGACUUCAAGUUGUUGUAAAUCUAGUUACAGUGCAAAACACAUGGAUUUUAAGUAAGCAUUGAAAUAAGAUCUUGAAGGAUGUCCGAGGUUUGCUGUAACUAAACAUUUUGAUUAUUAAUGCUUGUAAGUUGUGGUACCUGCGGUAGGUCAUGUAAGUGAUUUUUUUUUUCUUGGUUGGUAUUGUCAAGAGUAAAAGUUGUACCAAACUCAAAAUUAACAGCGUUGUGAAAUGUUUCUGUGGCUAUGAUUAAU